UAUAAACUGUAAAACACACCCAAACAGUUAUCUAUACUUAUAUUCCUAGGUUAUAUUGUAUGUUUACAAAACUUAACAAGUGAAAAUGAAAUUUCGCUUCUGUGGAGAAGCGGACUGUCCCGACUGGGUAUUAGCGGAAAUCUACACCCUUUCUAGGUUAUCAUCAGUUAAAUUGAAAGUAUUAGCCCAAAUUGUAGUCCAAGGAACCAUUAAACCACCAGUGGAUACCACUAAAGCUGAAAAACUCUUCACCGAAUCCAAAUUAGACCCAGACAUUGAUCUUAAAACCUGCGUGGCAUGUUUAUCGUUUAUUAUAACCUCUGCUGUCCGUUUUAACUGCAACAGUAGCACUCUGCAUAGUGAGUUGCAACAAUUGGGGCUUCCUAGGGAGCACAGUACAUCAGUGAAGAGAGUAGUUGAUGAUUACUGUGAAGAACUAACUAGUCAUUAUAGAAAACAAUCAUUGAGGGUUAAUCCCUUAGAAAAAGUCAGUACUGAAAUUGAUCAGUCAGUUAAUUGUGUCUUAUUGGAUUUAACCAUCAACGGACAGAAUGAAAAAGUUACUAUGAUUCCACAUACUGUGAACGUGUUGCUAGAAAAUCUGAAGCAAGUGCGGGAGAAGAUGGUAGAGUUAAAUGAACCCAUGGUAUAUUUAUAAGUAACGUAAUUAGAUAUGUGACCACCGUGUCACGUCAGUUGGUGAAGCACGGGUUGCAUAAUCGUGUAAAAGAUGUUUCAUUUAACUGAAUUUUGCUAUUUUGUAUAGAAAGAUAUAUUAUAAAGAUAAGUGGAUUAAAA